AGCCCUAGGCGUAUAUACCGAGAUCCAAGAUGGCGCGUUUUAAAGAAAGACCACUUCAAGAGUACUCCAAACCGUAUACACAGUGGUAAUGGAAGUAUUCUGCGCAGACGCAAUCCUUUACAUCUUCUGCUCACACAUCACCAUGCAUUUCCAAUUGCUGGCGUAUGAAGUGAAGCAAAUAGCGGACACCAGUUCUAACACAUCCGAGAGAGCAGAUUUCAAGACCAGAUUCAAGGAAUUAAUCACGACGCAUUUGAGAGUUGUGUUCUUAGUUAACGAGCUCGAAUUGGUAUACUGCAAGUCUACCCUGAUGAACUUCAUGGUCAGCUCUGCGCUUAUUUGUCUCACUGGCUUUAACGUUACGGCUCUGGAAGAUGUCGCUUUUGUGAUAACCUUCAUCGGUUUUCUCUUCAUAACUCUACUACAGGUCUUCUUCCUGUGUUUCUUUGGUGAAAUGGUUAUGAACGCGAGUGAGGAUAUAUGUGAUUCCAUGUACAAUAGCAAGUGGUACACGAUUGAUGCUAAGUCUGCCAAGAUGCUGCUUAUGGUCCAAAUAAGAUCACAAAGACCGUCUAAGCUCACUGCAUAUGGGUUCGCAGACGUUAACCUUCGAGGCUUUAUGAAGAUCCUCAGCACAUCUUGGUCCUACUUCGCGUUAUUACAUUCGGUUUACACGAGAGAUGCAGAAAAUUAACAUGUUUAAUUAUAGUUAAGCCACUCCUAAGAUGGAAUUAAUCAAUCAAUCAAUCAAUAAUACUUUAUUGCACAACAACAAAACAAAGGACAUAAACAUACGAAUAAAACAUAAGCACAAUAGGCGGCCUUAUUGCUAAACAGCAAUUUCUGCCAGGCAACCUUAGGGUGAAAGAAGAUUAUUCAUUGGAGCACGGGCUGGCGCAAUAAACAUAUAAUGAUACCAACAUAACAAUUAAUAGGUAUUUACUUCGUAACCCCGUUCGAUCUUCACCUAUCUUCUCCCUUCCCCUGACACCAGGGUUGAUG